AUGGCCACCGAAAUCUUCCCCGUCAUUGAUUUGUCUGUCGGCGACGACUGGCCUCAAACCCUUGGUCCCAAGAUCGUUGAAGCUUGCCAAGUCUGGGGCUUCAUGAUUCUAACCGGACAUGGAAUCCCUCAGCAGAAAAUCGAUCGCAUGUUCAACUUGCACAAAGAGUUCUGCGCACAGCCUCUCGAAGUGAAAUCUGAAUGCCGCGUCGACGAGCGACAGCUAGGAUACGAUGUCAAAAAUUCCAAAAUCGCCGUCAACGAAUGCAUGGUUUUCGGAGGAACCAAAGGCGAUGUUGCCCAAGGCAAGAAUAUCCCGAGCUGGUGGGAUGCCGAGAAACGUGCAGAUGUCGAAGAUUUCAAGUCACAGGCCCACAAGCUAGGUCUCAAGCUCCUUGAGGUCUUUGCAACUCAUUUCAGCCUGCCCGCUGAAUACUUCUCUGCGGCCCACAAUGAUGAGCGAGGGCCAGGGAGUGUCCUCCGUAUGCUCCAUUAUCCCAAACUGGAGGAGAGACCCGAUAAGAAUUUCCCAAGACUCUACUCUCACACAGAUUGGGGCUCCGUCACCUUUGUCUGGCCUCAGGGAGGUGGCUUGGAGGUUGAGACUCCUUCCAAGAAGUGGAUGCCUGUCCCGCUUAUUCCAGGCUCCAUCGUUGUCAACAUUGGUGAUGCUUUGUCGCUGUGGAGUGGCAAGACGUUGAAGUCAACCCUGCACAAGAUCUCGUUUGACAAUUUGCCCAUUGAUCAGGACCGUUGGUCUAUGGCCUACUUUGUCAAUGCUAACCAAGAUGCGAAACUGGAGAUCCUCAAGCGAGAUCAUGAAGGGAAACUCGUCAAGGACCAUGGCUCCAUUGAAUUGACGGCAGGAGAGUAUCACCAAGUUCGACACUAUAUGUCUGAGAAGGAAGACGCAAAGAACAAUUGGGUUGGAAAAACCGAAGCCUCGAAGUUUGAUCCGCGGGUCAUUCAUGCAGUUGAGAGCCUAGGAAUUGCAAAUGGCUCAGGCUUGGUUAAUUUCUCUCCUAUCGUUGUUAAGCAGUAG